AUGAAAUUGCUUCACUUCGUCCUGUUUUUCCAGGCCUCACUCCUUCCAGUAGGCUCCCUCGCGCAAGAGGGUGGAAACGUCACGGAUUCUGAAGUCCAGACUAUCCCUGCAGCCGUCAACUCUGUCAAUUUGUUGCGGAUCUAUAGCCAAGACAUACUCGGUGGCAUCCGCGAGGCCAGAUUUGAAGGCUAUUGGAGCGGAGGACUUUUGAACGACACGAUUGCAAAGGCCAAGACCAAUUCAUCAAUUGCUGCCGCCUCUGAUGAUCUAGAACUAGGGGGGUGGUACACUGGCUCCCUCAACCACUAUCAGUUUCGGGUUGCAUCUCAUUCGAGGCUGGCUGCAGUAUUUGUUCCCGGAAUUCGAAGGCCAAGCUUACGUGUAUAUGCCCAGCUCCCGGAUAACAGUGUACAGGAGUUUGGAUAUGAUGUUGGUCGUGGAUGGGAACGCCUCGAUAAUUUUGGCCCUGCUCUACCUGGUACAGCUAUAGCAGCGUUAACAUAUACCACUGGUCUACGAAGAUCAGACAUUCGUGUCUAUUUCCAAGCCACAAACCGCCACGUCGUUGAAAGGAUUUAUGAUAGCCGAUCGUGGAGUGAUGGAGGCAUCGUCGUGCGAACCGCCAAGCCACGAACUCCUCUAGCUGCCACCAGCUUCUUGAUGGUACCAGGAAAUCCUCAGAGUGUCCGAGUGUACUAUGGCACCGAAGACAACCGUAUCCUUGAAAAGGGGACCGAAGGCGGCCUUUACUGGUACGAUGGCGCAUUCGAGCAUUCAGUCAUCCCUGGUUCUCAGGUAGCUACCGUAGAUUGGGGAAAUGGAGGAGACUUCAAUAUCAGAGUCUAUAUUCAAGACGGAGCAUUUAAGAACGGGAUAAGUGAAUGGGCUUGGUUCCGCCGCUUAUGGCGCCGAGGAGUCAUUGCUAUCCCUCCUGCAUAA